CAGCCGGAAGUGAUGUUGCUAGGACACAGUAAUAAACAUAGCGUAACUGCAAGUUGUUGGCUUCGCUACUGAGCGGACUUCUUCAUCUUCAAUAAAUAUGCACUUAGAUCAAAGGAGUCUUGCCGGACGUCUGGAUGAAACAACGGCAGCAGUGUAUACAAGAAUACCACCUCAAUAAUUCCCUGAGGAGGAAAGACAUCAAUCAAAGGCCGUUGUAGGUCACAAAUCAUUUGAAAUGUUGUUGUUCAGCAAUUUAACAGAGCAAAGUUUUAUUUAUUUUAUGUUGUUUUGGACAAUUUCACAGCUUACCAUUGUAUUUGACUCCUUCCAACCAAACAAAUGGACUACAGUAACUAUCUCAAAAUCCAUUUAAUUGUAUAGAAAGGGAAGCAGAUCAUUUGGUUCAAAUAGCCUUUCUUGACACAGCACCCAUGCCAGUUUAUUCUUUCUUUGUACAAUCAUUUAUCCAAUUGAUUCUUAAGUGCUCACAUGGGGCAGGACAUUCUGUGGACAUUCUUACAGGCUCAUAUAGAGUUCAGAAGCCUGCAAUGUGUGGGAAAAUAGUAUUCAAUGUGGUUUUCUCCAUAGUGGCCAAUUAAUGGCCAAAGAACAGAGUAGCACCCAGAUAAGAUUGGCAGGUGGUCUCUUGACUCUCGAGAACCAACUAGAGACUCCCCAGCAUGAAAGGAGCACCAAGAAUCAAUAGAAGUGUACUCACUGCGGAGCAAGGACAUAAGAUGAUUUUCAAAGAAGUUCAAACGUGAAACAACAAUUUGUUGCAUCAAAUGUUUUAAUCUUGCUAAAAUGGAAGAGAUUGCAGUCAAAGUCGCUGUACGGAUUCGACCCCUGCUUCCAAAAGAAAUCCUUCACAACCAUCAAGUUUGUGUUCGGGUUGUUCCCCACACACAGCAAGUUGUGAUUGGGAAAGAUCGUGCUUUUACAUUUGAUUUUGUAUUUGGACAAAAAUCAUCCCAAGAAGACAUAUAUUCUGCCUGCGUAAAACCUUUAGUGAUAUCCGUAAUUGAAGGUUAUAAUGCCACUGUCUUUGCUUACGGACAAACAGGAUCUGGAAAAACAUAUACAAUUGGUGGAGGACAUAUAGCUUCAUUUUCUGAUGAGUUGAAAGGCAUUAUUCCACGUGCCAUUCACGAAAUCUUCCAGAACAUCACUGAAAAUCACAAUGUAGACUUUAAUGUUAAAGUGUCCUAUAUUGAAGUGUAUAAAGAAGAGCUAAGAGAUCUUUUGGAGUUACAGAGCACCAGCAAAGACAUUCAUAUCAGAGAAGAUGAGAAAGGAAACACAGUGAUUAUUGGGGCGAAGGAGUGUGAAAUUGAGACACCGGAUGAGAUGAUGAGUUUGUUGGAGACUGGCAAUGCAGCUCGACACACGGGUACCACCCAGAUGAAUGAGCACUCCAGCCGAUCACAUGCCAUUUUCACAAUGUACCUCAAUCAAAAACGGCCUAAAAAUGAGCAACAAUCAAGUACCGAUGAGGAGCACAUUAUGAACGAAUCAAUAAGGUCAUUUCAACUGAUUUCUUCUAAAUUUUGCUUUGUCGAUCUAGCUGGUUCUGAAAGGGUUACCAAAACAGGAAACACUGGUGAACGAUUUAAGGAAUCAAUUCAAAUAAACAGUGGUCUUCUGGCACUUGGGAAUGUGAUCAGUGCUCUCGGAGAUCCAAAGAGAAAAAGCGUACACAUUCCAUACAGGGAUACUAAGAUAACACGCUUGUUGAAAGACUCUCUUGGAGGAAAUGCCAGAACUGUGAUGAUUGCAUGCAUUAGCCCCAUAUCAUCUAGUUUUGAUGAAUCCCUGAACACUCUGAAAUAUGCCAAUCGAGCCAAGGACAUAAGAAACAAACCUAUUGUAAAUUAUAACCCAGACUGGGAUCGGAUAGAUGAAAUGGAAUUACAAAUCAAAACACUCCGGGAGGCACUGCAGAAUCAACAGACAAGCCUUCUGACUCGUGCAAGUCAGGUUUCUCAGGACUUGUUUCAAGACAAAAAACGGAUCCAUUCUCUGGAGGAGCAGGUUGCCCACCUACAAGUGGAAAGCUAUCACUAUAAACACUGCAUUGAUGAAGCAUUACACUUCUUCUUCGAAUUUAGAGAUGCAAACAGUUUGAAAGAAAACCAAUGGCAAAAGCUGAAGGAGUGGUUCAACAUGGUAGAGGAACUGCAAAAUGAAUUACCUGACCUGUUUGUCACUGAUAGUGGAAUUGGAAGUGGAGGACAGGACUCUCAUCACAUUACGAUAUUUCAACUGAAAAGAGAGCUGAAGAAAUGCCAGGAUGCUUUGGCCACAGAUGAAGAGUUAUUCAGUUUAAAAGCAGCUGAACUGAAGGAUGCACUUGGGCACAUACAAGCUUUAGAACAGGAAAAGGAAGAAUAUUUGGCAGCUUUAACAGAAUCCCAAGAAAGAUGUCGCAUUCAAAAUGACAAAAUAGUUGAACAACAACUUGUUAUGGAUCAACUCCAAGAAGAAUUACAGCUCCGUAAAACUGAAAAAGUUUCAAUUCAUAGCAGAGGUUCAGAGGAGGUACCUUUAGCUGUGGCCACAGCCAGAAGACCGCACAGUGUACCAUUAUUAAAAAUCCAUCUUAAGUCUUUCAAUGUAAUACAAUCCAAUCAAGCUACUCACUGUACAGAUUCCAGAAAGGUGCACACAAGCCCCCCUUCAUAUGCUCUUGAUAGAGUGGUGGCAAGUUUUCGAACGCGCAGUCAGAUGUUAGUUGAUCACCUUGAAGACCGUGAUGAGGUUAUUCGUCAUAAAUUAGAUGAUGAUAGUGACGAUGAGGAAGAAGAAGAUAAGAAAGAAAACAUAAAUAUACAACUUCCAAGGCACCCAAUAAAUCAGACUUGGACUCAGAAACAAGCCAAUGUGAUUAACGACACAAAGUUAUUAAAAAAAAAUUUCACAAUGGACAAUCAAGGACAAGGUGACAACAAAACAGAAUUGGACUCAGAGAAAGCUCCACAAUUGAAAUCCUCCUCUGAGGCUGACCGCUUACGUCAGAGCCAAGUGUUAAACAUGAAGAAAUUGAAGACAGCAGACAUGGAUGUGGCGCAUUCCAAGCAGAAAAUAAGGGAACUUGCCAUCAAUAUUCGUAUGAAGGAAGAACUCAUUAAAGAAUUGGUUAAAACAGGUCAGGAUGCCCAAGCUGUAAACCGGCAGUAUUACCAAAAGAUCACUCAAUUAGAGCAAGAAGCUGAGCAAGCCAAGACUGAGCUGUCAGAAGCUCAAAAACAAUUACAGGAACUGGAGAACAAGGAACUUCGGGAUGCCGCAGAGAAAAUAAAGCUACAAAAAGAAUUCCGCAAGAAAAUGGAAACAGCCAAAGUUAAAAUGCAGACCCUGCAGAGGAAACAGCAGGAAACAAGGAAGUUGUUUUCUUUAUCAGCGCAGAGUGAGAAGCGUUUGGUCCAACUGAGCCAGAAUGUCUCAAACAUGAAACAACAGCAACAGCUGCUUCAGAAGAAACUGCAAGAAGAAAGCGAGAAAAAACGAAAACUGGAAAAUGAGAUUCAAAGAGAUCAGCAACUAAUUAAAGAGUUGGAACAAAAGCGAGAACAACAGCAGAAAAUUCUGAAAAAGAAAACUGGAGAGAUUACCCAUCUGAAGAAAGCAAAGUGCUCCCCUAUCAUCUCACAGGAACAGCAGAGGAUUGAUGAACAACGCAAAUGGCUGGAUGAGGAGGUGGAGAAAAUUCUGCAGCAGAGACAAGCUCUAGCUGAGUUGGAAGAAGACUUGAGAAAAAGGGAAGUUAUUGUAGACAAAAAAGAGGCACUAUUAAAGGAGAAAAACCAAUUGGAAAUGAAAAGGUUACGCUCCAGUCAGGCUUUGAACAAAGACAUUUUAAAUUUAUCUACUCGUUUAAACACAAUAGAAAGGGAAUUAUCAGACAAAAGCACUCAACUUCAGAACAGUACUACAGAGGAAAGAAAAACCAUUUCGCAAGAGAUGCAAGUACUUCAACGGGAAAGAGCUCAACUGCUGAAAAGAAGACACUAUCUGGAUGAAAAAUUAGAGCUUGGAAAUGUUCUGUCACCCGAGGAAGAGCGAAUACUCUUCCAGUUGGAGGAAGGCAUUGAAGCUCUGGAUGCUGCCAUAGAAUACAAAAAUGAAGCUAUUAACUGUCGCCAACAUUCAUUGAGGGCCUCAGAUGGUAGCCUUACCCAAAAUGAGGCAAAUGUAAUGUUUAGACUGGGUGCUUUAUCGGCUGCUGAGACAAGAGUCCUUCUAUGCAGAUACUUUAAUAAGGUGGUUAGCCUACGUGAGACUGAACGCACUUUGCAGGUACAAUGUGCAGAAAUGUCUGUGAAGAUAACUGAACAAGAGAAUGUAGUCCAUGAAUUAGAAUCUGCAGUGGAACGUUUAUCAAUGGAGAUAGACAGACGACUAACUCUGCAACAGAAGGAGCAUGAACAGAAGAUGCAGUUGGUCUUACAGUACUUUAAAGACAGAAGUGGUGAUGGACCUGCAGAUGGCAUUAAGGCAUAUGAAUCAAAAAUUCAACAAUUGGAGAAGGACCUGUAUUUCUACAAAAAAACAAGCAGAGAAUUAAAGAAAAAACUGAGGGAGUUGGUUGAAUCGUUAAACCAGAAUCAGCACAUGGCAGCUUCAAAAAAUAAUGGCACUGGUAAUACAGUAUUAAGCUCAGGAGGAGCAGACGUUUUUAUAAAGGAACAAAAAUGGGCUUCGAGACCAUCUAAAAAUGAUGAAGAAGAAAAUACCAGUCCUCCAGCCAUACCUGGAAUACACAAAAAUCAGAAAUCAUUGGAAGAAAUUUCUAAAAUGGCAAAUGUCUCCAUGAAAAUGACACAUGAGGAAGAGUAUUUAUUCAGUUCAGAAACGACAGAUGAAGCACAGCUAUCAAACGCCCUCUCUUCAUCUCUUAAGCCUUCUCGGUUAAUUGAGAAGACAUCGCAGCUUCAUGUCAUUACUCCUGUAAGAUUAUCCCGCAAAGAGCUGCGGCAGAUUACUGCAACACAAGUGUCCAUGAGACGCCCAAGUUUCAGUAACAGCAUAAACUCUAUUCCGGCAGAUUCUACUGAAAUAAACAGGAAAUCGGUGGACUUCAAUAAGUAGCAUAAAAUUUGAUUGUUAUGAAUCUUGCAACGUUCUUACACUGGAAACAACUGAGCUAAUUCCUGAUUUAGCUGGGAAAAUCUGGUUUAAGGAUGUGGCUUGCAAUUGAAAGCGGUAUUGUUCCAAAUGAAUUCUGUUCAGAAAGACCCACAUCCAGCAAUACAUUUCUCCAGAGAUGAUCAGUUCUCCAAUCUGUAAAGACUAAUGGGAAAAAAAACUAGUCUUGCAGUUCUGCUUCUAACAUUUUCAUAUUGAAUUAUCAGAAAAUUGUAGUAUACUACACAUAUCUCUGAAUUGAAGACUAGAAUGCACAAAUAUUACUGGAGUGAAUGACGGAAAACACAGUUGGAAUAAAACUAUAGCACAUGAAUGGUUACUUACUAAACUGAACUGGGCCAUCAAAGGCCACUUAUUUCUAUCCGAAUAACAACACCUCAUCUCAUCUGCAACUGACACCCAUGUAUUUUGUUAUCUUAACUAUUCAAAUGCACUCUUGACCAGCCUCAUGUUCUACACUCAUAAAGUGUAAAAGUCCAUGACCUAAUUUGUGCCACAUCCUUGCCACCAAUCAUCCCAGUGCUUGCUGAUCUACAUUAGCUGAGCAGUGUGUUGAUUUCUGGUGUUGGUUUUCAAAUCUCCCCGGGCCUACUUGCUUCCUUUUUCUGAAUCAUCCUGAAGCCCUGAAUUGUCUGUAAUAUCUGCAUUCCUGCAAGUCUGGAAUUAUGAACAUCCCCAAUUUCAAAUGCUUCAUCAUUGAUGAGUGUACCUUCAGCUGCCGAAACGUUCAUUGUGUAAUUCUCUCGCUAAGCCUUUCCUCCUGUCUUCCCUGCUUAAAACCACUCCCUGGCCUAAAAUUUCUUGGAAUAAAAUUUGUUUUAAUCCUGCUGUGAAAGGCAUGGAGGCAUUUUAGGAUAUUAAAGAUGCUAAAUAAGUUGUUUCUUUGGGGAAAUUGAAAGUAAUAUAAUUUGCACAAUAAAAGCAUCCCUCUGUAGCUUUUCAUAAUUUAGAGAAAAACAGAACCAGAAACAGCUUGAUUUCGGAAUUUCAUUUGCAUAAUCACCUUAGAUCAUGCUUAAAUGUCUGUGAAUAACGAGUAGAUAAAUGGAUGGAUUAAUGCCUUUCAGAAGCUCUGUUUGAUGGUCACUCAGCAUAACUUCUCAGUGUCUUGUGUUUUAAAAAUGCCAGUGGUGAACUUAAUACCCCAAGCAGUCUACUUCUUGAAAUUGUGUCAUCUGCACCAGGGUCAAUCCAAGAACCAAUACAUGCGUUAAUAACAUUAACAUGGCUUAAUUGAUAGAAUAUUUCCCUCACUUUAGAGGUUUUUUUAAAAUUUGCACUGUUUGGGAUCUACCCCAAGAAGAACAGAUUACCCAUCCAUUCUUGAAACUUCCUAAUUUUAAUUUUCAUUUAAUUAGAAGGUCUGUGUUAUGACUGUGCAAACUUUGUUGAUGAACAAGUCAAAUCUCUAAGAGAUUGUGCACUCAAGCCUCAUUACAGAACAUGAACUUCGUACUGAUCAGUAUCAGUGUUGCAGUCUUUUGAAUGAAACAUAAAAAUGAAACCGCAUAUGAUGGUUCAAAUAAAUGUUUUGAAGGUCCCAUGGCACAAUUGAACAGUGAGACCAGGGAUGCUUCUGAUGUACUGGCUAUUAUUCUUCCCAUAUAAACAUCACUAAAAAUGAUCUGAUUGGCAAUUUAUGUUGUUUGAUGUUCAAAUCCAUUCCAAACAUGUGAGAUGAAUAUAUCCUUUUUAGUGGGCCAGAUGCAAUGAGUUUGAAAACAAUUAUUUUAGUUCUACUAAGCAUAGGUCUAUACCAUGUAAUGCCCUGAACUUGAUGCUAAUUGGUAGUUUUGCUCAGUUGUUGAUAAUGGAAAAAAUUGAUACAUCGGUAUAGCAGGAGUGCUGAUCUGAGGUUGUGGCUGAGGCUUUUCAUUAGGACUGAGUAGAAAGAGCUUUACUCACCAUUAAAUUGGAUAUUGCUAAAUCUGGCUCCAAGCGUGUUUGAUGACAGCACUAGUCGGCUCCCUAGAAUCAACAUUCCUCAUCUUGUGUACGGAACGUAUUUGCUACUUACUGUUGAAUUUUUCCACAUAAUUCUAGUGAGAAGUCUAAAUUCAGAUUUUACUUGGUGAAAAACACUUGUGUCAUCAAAUGUUCUUAAUCAGAUGACAAUACUGUUAUUUUGCAGAUGUGCAGUUCAUGGUAUUCUGGCAAUCCAAAUGUGUUCCAUUUCUGUUCCAAUGGUGCCAUGGUCCAAUUUUAUUCAGUGUUCUACGUUUUGUUCUUUUUUGUACUUUAAGGAAGGUGUUUUAGAAUUCCAGUGUAAUGGAUUUUUUUUUGUAGAAGCAUUUUAUGAUUACACUUGUUAAUUUUAUUUAAAGGAAAUUUUGUUUUUGUGCAAAAAUAAAAGAAUGUAAGAUUCUCUUGCUGAAAUAAAUCAAUAUUUUCAGUAAAUGCAGUCAGUACCAGGAUCCUUUAAAAAUAUUAGCAACUAUUAUGGUUGAAAAUUUUUUGAUCUUGCAAGGAAUUAAGGGCUACAGGGAGAGUGCGAGUAAGUGGAGUUGAAAUGCCCAUCAGCCAUGAUUAAAUGGCAGAGUGGGAUCGAUGGGCCGAAGGUCUUACUUCCAUUCCUAUGUCUUAUGGAAAAUAAUUUUAAAUAAAAGUCAAUAAUGUGAAUAAUAAUAGUUAUUUAUAAUUCAAAUGUGUCUUGUUGAUGAAAUUCAUUCAAACAUUUUCAGAAUUUGGGCCCAUUUGUGCUGAGUUGUUAGCAGCCAUAUGGAUUCCAAAUCAAAUCUAGAUGUUAUUUUUGUUCGCUUCAUUUAACAUCAAAUUCAAAAUAUAUUUUUGUACUUAUUGACUGAGCAUUCUAAUUCUCCCAGAAAAUGCUGAACAUGACUGAAUCCCAAAAUCCCUUAACAGUAUUUCUAGAGACUUUUUAACAUCACUGACAUCUUUAUUUUCUGCUUUCAUAUAAAAAGAUAAAUAGAUCACUGCUACAGUGUAAACUUGAUUUGCAACAUUUCAGUUAAUCCGUUAGGUCUGAGAAAAACUUCAUGCCUAAAGCAUUUGGAACUGUCUCUUUCUGAAUUUCUCUAACAUUCUUUCAUAAUUAUAUCUAUGUAAACACACUGAACAGUAAAGAUUAUAUAGACAUUUCAUCCUAAAUCUCAAAUUCACUAGCCAAGUCAUUUCUCAAAUUUAUUCCAGCAAAUUCUUUGAUUUCUUUUUUCCAAAUAUCAAAAUAAUCUGUGCAGCUGCCUUCAUGGCUACCUAUCAUAUUCUGACACCAGUCUCCCCCACAUCCCCUGCUUAAUAUCACUCAUAAUAUCCACCUUUCCUCUCAACUCUAUUUCCCUUCCUGAUCCCAUAUAAGCUAAGACUAUCUACAACUCAUUCCUCAGGCAUUAUCUGUUUAAACCAUUGACAUCAUUCCUACAGAAAGACCUAUCAGAAGAAAUAGGAGCAGGAGUAGACCAUCUGACCUGUCAAGCCUGCUCUGCUAUUCAAUAAUAUCAUGGCUGAACUUUUCGUGGACUCAGCUCCACUUACUUGCCCACUCACCAUAACCCUUAGUUCCUUAACCGUUAAUAUGUUUACUAAUUUUGCCAAUUUCCCUUCAUUGUCUGGGAGAUAAGACUUAACUCCAUGCCUAAGACUACUAAAUCUUCCUAUCUUUCUAACAAUACCAAAGCAGCCCAGUGCAAAGAAAUGAGUGACAUGCUUCAAUCUAUUAGCCUUCCUUGUUCUCAGCCUCUCUGCAAUGUGUUAUAUAGUUGCCAUCCUCGUCCAACAUUAGUCAAAGGCAGUCAGUCUGUCUGAAACAAGGCCUUUUCUUUGCUGUCAAAAUUGUUACUAAAGUAACACAGUAUUCCUAAAAUGUAAGUGUAGCUUUAGUUUGUAGUCGUUGAACUCUAAUUUUUAAAACUCAUAAAUCACGGCUUUCUUUGUGAUUACCCUCAUAAAAUGGUAACCUUGGACUGGAGUUUUGCUCUCAAGUCAGGUGCAUGAAGUGGGAAAUUACCCUACUCACUCCGGUCUUGCAAGGAAAAAGUGCUCCUUAAUUGCAGGAGACAAGUGCAGACUGAGACUUUAUUAUAGAGAUAGCAGGAACUGCAGAUGCUGGAGAA